CGAGUAUUACAAAACAAAAUAACGAUGAGAUGUAAUGGAAGAAACUUUUUUCCUAUGAAAGCACUUAAUAGAGAUGCAAACAAUUUCCCGCGCAAAUUAUUUACAAAACCUCAAAAAAUUAGGGAAUUAAACGGUUUCAAAAUGAAUAACACAGAAGAUGCAAAGGAAAAUACUAGUCCAAAUAUUGGAAACAGUGCAAACUUAUUAAAAAACGAAGAAACAGAUGAGUGCCAUGAAGAAUAUCAGUAUUUAAAUCAUAUUAGCAAAAUUAUCACAACAGGUAUCAGAAGGGAUGACCGUACUGGGGUGGGAACAAUGGGAAUUUUUGGAGCACAGAUGCGUUAUUCCCUGAGAGAAAACGUUUUUCCUUUGCUUACAACAAAAAGGGUAUUUUGGAGAGGAGUGGUUGAAGAAUUACUGUGGUUUAUUAAGGGUAGCACAAAUUCAAAAGAGCUAGCAGAGAAAGAUGUUCACAUUUGGGAUCCAAAUAGUUCUCGAGAGUUUCUAGAUGGUUUAGGUUUUAAAGAAAGGGAAGAAGGCGAUUUGGGACCUGUCUAUGGAUUCCAGUGGAGACACUUUGGGGCUGAAUAUAGAGGAAUGCAUGCUGACUACAGUGGUGAAGGCAUUGACCAACUAAAUAAUGUAAUAAAAGACAUUAAGGACAAUCCAAACAGUCGUAGGAUUAUUAUGUGUGCCUGGAACCCUAUUGACAUACCUUUAAUGGCUCUACCUCCUUGCCACUGCCUUGUGCAGUUCUUUGUUGCAAAUGGAGAACUUUCCUGCUUACUGUAUCAAAGAUCAGCUGAUAUGGGUCUUGGAGUGCCAUUCAAUAUUGCCAGUUAUGCAUUACUGACUGUUAUGAUAGCUCAUAUAACAAAGUUGAAGCCUGGAGAAUUUAUUCACACGUUAGGAGAUAGCCAUGUUUAUCUAAACCAUAUAACGCCUUUACAACAACAACUGAAGAGGAAACCUAGACCGUUCCCGUGUCUAUAUAUUAAAAGAGAGAUUUCGAAAAUAGAAGACUUUAUAUUUGAAGACUUUGAAUUGAGGGGUUAUAAACCUUACCCAAAAAUCGAUAUGUCAAUGGCCGUGUAACUUAUUCAGAACUUUUUGUGUUAUAUAUCUUACGGUAUUAUGGAAAUAUGGUAUUUUAAAUUAACUAUUGUAUAAUUGUCAUUUUAAUAUAUUUUAGCUUAGAUAUAAAGAAUUAACGUUUGGGUGGUUAGGUCACUAUUUAAGGUUAAGUAUUUGUCAGGUGAUGUUCGUUUCAUGUUUUGUGUGCAGAAAUGAUUUAAAACAUGAUUACGCAAUUUUUAAUAAUUGACAAAAUCCCACUUUCAAAAUGUUGAGGUUGUGUACAGUUGUUUAUUUGGCUUACCAUUUUUAAGACCCAUUUUUCAAAGAAACUGAUUACAACUACUUAAA